AUGACUGGAUGGUUUAAAUUUGUCCUCAUAAAUUAUGUCCUAAAACAUUGUGCAUUAGCCACAGACAUUGAUGGGUCUGGUCAAACUGAGCAAACAUUGAAAGUUCUUCAAGGCACCGCGGAAGAUUUAAAAGACAGUGCUUUAAUUCAAAAACAACGAUAUGAAUACUUAGAACUAAAGUUAUUAGAGAACAGAGAGGAACUCAAGCAGUUGAAGAUUCAAUAUGAUAGAAAUAUUCACGAACUGGAGGCUCGCGUGCGUGAACUAGAGGUCGCUGCAAUGAACCGAGACCGUCAGGUUAUCACAUUGAAACAAGAGAAAGAGGAAGACAGGGAAUACAUCCACAAGGUAGAAGAGCGCCUUGCAAAAUUGGAGAAAAAAUUUAAAAAUGCUUGUCAAUUACGGAAUUGUUCCACAAAUUUGGUCAGUGAAAAUACACCAUCGCCGAAGAAUGAUAGAGGAAAAAGAAUUCAAAGUAAGGACUAUUUCUUAUAGGGUUUGCUACUGACUGUCUACAGGAAUUUGUAACUGACUGUCUACAGGAAUUUGUGGGUUGUUAAAGUCCAUUAAAGGCGAAGCAAAGUCAAUUCUUCUAUGGACUUUAACUAUCUGACAAAUGUUUGCAGAUAAUCAGUAUCAAACUUCAUAGGCGUAGCUUGGGUUUGAAUAUUACCGAGGCAGGGGGUCUGGGAGGCGCA